UGCCAAUCGCAGACAAAGGCCGCCCCAGUGAAUCAUGUGGUGCCGGGGGAGGAAGUGCGGCUUGUUUUCUUUCCUCCAGUCGCCGGGCUCCGGGCGGAGCGCGAUGCUCGGAGACCCCCGCGGGGGCGGCGGCGGCGGCCGCGAACCCAGAUGAGGCCCGAGCGCCUCCCGCCCCGCUGCAGCGCCCCCGGCCCGAUGGAGGCUCCGCCGUGGGACCCCCUCCGCAACGAUUCGCUGCCGCCCACGCUGACCCCGGCCGUGCCCCCCUACGUGAAGCUCGGCCUCACUAUCGUCUACACCGUGUUCUACUCGCUGCUUUUCGUGUUCAUCUACGUACAGCUCUGGCUGGUGCUGCGCUACCGCCACAAGCGGCUUAGCUACCAGAGCGUCUUCCUCUUCCUCUGCCUCUUCUGGGCCUCCCUGCGGACGGUCCUCUUCUCCUUCUACUUCAAAGAUUUCGUGGCGGCCAAUGCGCUCAGCCCCUUCGUCUUCUGGCUGCUCUACUGCUUCCCCGUGUGUCUCCAGUUCUUCACCCUCACGCUGAUGAACUUGUAUUUCACGCAGGUGAUUUUCAAAGCCAAGUCAAAAUAUUCUCCAGAAUUACUCAAGUAUCGGUUACCCCUCUACCUGGCCUCGCUCUUCAUCAGCCUCAUUUUCCUGUUGGUGAAUUUAACCUGCGCGGUGUUGGUGAAGACAGGAAACUGGGAGAGGAAAGUCAUUGUUUCCGUGCGUGUGGCCAUCAAUGACACUCUCUUCGUGCUGUGUGCCGUCUCGCUCUCCAUCUGUCUCUACAAAAUCUCGAAGAUGUCCUUAGCCAACAUUUAUCUGGAGUCUAAGGGCUCCUCUGUGUGUCAAGUGACUGCCAUCGGAGUGACCGUCAUCCUGCUCUACGCCUCCCGGGCCUGCUACAACCUGUUCAUCCUCUCGUUUUCUCAGAGCAAGAACGUCCAUUCCUUUGAUUACGACUGGUACAAUGUAUCAGACCAGGCGGAUCUGAAAAACCAGCUGGGGGAUGCCGGAUACGUGGUGUUUGGAGUGGUUCUUUUCGUGUGGGAGCUCUUACCCACCACCUUGGUCGUCUACUUCUUCCGAGUUAGAAACCCUACAAAGGAUCUUAGCAACCCCGGGAUGGUCCCCAGCCAUGGAUUCAGCCCCAGGUCUUACUUCUUUGACAACCCUCGAAGAUACGAUAGUGAUGAUGACCUUGCCUGGAACAUCGCCCCUCAGGGACUUCAGGGAAGUUUCGCUCCAGACUACUAUGACUGGGGACAGCAAACGAACAGCUUCCUGGCACACGUGGGAACUUUCCAACCAGACUCCACUUUGGAUCCUGACAAGCCAAGCCAGGGGCGGCAGCAGUGAAGAGUUUUAUGGACGAUUCCUCAAGUGAAAGGCUUCAGAGAGACUAACUUAACGACAGCUGAAAUUUUAAGGCACUUUUCCGUAAGAAAUAGGACUUUUUAUUUGUUACAGGUUUCUAAUGGCCCCAUAGGUCAUAAAGCAAUAAUUGAGAUAGAAACCUUAUUUUAGUACUAAAACGUGAGCCUGGCUGCCUAUUUCAGUGGGUAUAAUUUAAACUUUAAGAAAAUUCUGUACUUUUAUAAAGAUGUAUUUUAUAUAACUUAAUAAUGCUAAGAUAUAUACUAGGAUUUUUUGAGAAUGUUAUUGCAAUAUAUGUUUGUAGUUUGCACAGACUUUUAUGCAUAGUUCACUUUAAAAGUAUACAGUACAUGGUCUGAUGGUGGUUUGAGGCUUUUGGACUAAAGUAUUCUUCAGAUUCUUACCUCUUCGGGUCAUGCAGAUUUGGACCUUCUCAACAGACUCUAAGUACAGCUGACAUCUAGGAAAGCCAGUUACAACUCCAGCGUUAAAAGCUAUAAUGUAGCAGAAAGUCCACUGACUCAUACCAGGUAAUUGGCUCCUUCCUUCGAGUUCUUUAAGGUCCAAACAGUUUUGCCCUGAACUAAUCUAAAUUUUGCCACAAAGGUGGUACUGCUUUCAACAGGGCACGAAUGCAUACACUCGGGUGAGGAGUCGAUGUGUUAAAAACAUGGUAGAGUGGAACUUACACUAUUAAACCUCCUCUGCUCUAUGUGGAAA